GCUCGAGCAGGUUUGAGGAACUCUAAGGUAGCCAAGCUUAUGCUUUUUCAUUACACAGUGAUGACGUGGUUGCCUGAUAAUUGUAACUGACUGUUAACAUACCCAUAAGCAUAACAUGGUGUAAACAGCGUUUUUCCCUCAUAUACUGUCAUUGAAUGACCUCUCCCAGCUCACCAAAGUAUAUGUCCGAUUAUCUCUAAGCCUGUUAAUCAUUGAGCACGUACUGUACUUUAUAUUAAUAACCAAUCCAAAGAGAUCCAGUCAGGUCCAAGUUCACAAGUCACAGCAUGACAGGUGCGUCUUUGGUCCUCUGUCCUCAUGACUCGGGUCUUCGUUUACGGCACUCUGAAGAAGGGGCAGCCCAACAACUACCGCAUGUUCGACAGCAACAAUGGAAAGGCCGAGUACCUGGGUUCGGCAUUCACCAUCCAGAAAUACCCGCUAGUGAUCACCACCGAGUACAACAUCCCUUUCCUGCUCAACAUCCCCGGCCAGGGUCACCGAGUGCACGGAGAGAUCUACAAAGUGGAUGACCAGAUGCUGAAAUUCCUGGACGACUUUGAAAGCGUCCCAACUAUGUACCAGCGGACGGUGGUCCAGCUGGAAGUGAAGGAGUGGGUGGGGAAGAUGGAAGGAGAGGAGACGCUGUCACCGGGGAGCAUCACAGAGAUGUUUGUGUACACCACAAUGACGUACCAGCCAGACUGGCCCUUGCUGCCGUGCUACGAGAGCUACGACUCAGAGGGAGAUCACGGGCUCAAGUAUAAUUAUAAAGAAUAGCUAUAAAGAGGGACUGAUCUCACUGUGCUGACACAACUGACAAAAUGGACCUCUGUGUGGUGUUAGCAGAAUGGGUGAAGAAGCUAUCAGGAAAACAACACCUGGACAUGGGUGCUGUUUCCUGUCGUGUGUGGAAUUGAAAGAAAUCACAAGAGAAAUACAUUUUAAUAGCAGAUAGGGAGGCGUGCAAUCAAAGUAAGGAUAGCGUCGAGAAGGAAAAGGGGACAUUGUGCCACUAAGAGUUGCAGAUUAUUAACGUUGCUUACAAAUUUGUUUUUAUUUUUAUGAUUUAUAAUCAUCUGGGAAGCAAUAUGAUCAAACUGGAAAUCUUUAACGCUAAAUAUUUUGGUUGGAUGUCUGCUAUGACACUACCGGUUUAAACGCUAAACACAUGCACUUUUAAUAAUGCAAAGAUACAGCACGUACUGUAGUCUUAUAUGCAAAUCCUUUCAUAUGUUGUGAAUUGCUGCACUGUAAACAUGGGUGCUUACCAUCUAGUUUCUCACUAAUGUGAAAAUAUUAAUAGAAAAGCUGAUCUGCAGUUCAGUAUUUGCACAUCUAUAGUAAAUGUAAGCUGUAGGGGCAGCGUUCUCUGAACCACGUGCACCCAUUUGUCAGCAGCUAGCUUCCUCUUACAGGGUAAAAGCAUCGUUUUAGAAACAGACAAACCUCCAUGUCCCUGAGAAAAUCACUCCAGCCUGCUGCUGUGCACCUAGAAGAAUGCUCUCCAAACCUUUCUCAGAAAAAUGAAGAUGUACUGUCAGAUCAGCCUCAUAACACUGACUUUUUACAGUUUACUACCGUUAACAUUCCAGGUGAAGCUAAUGUGCAAGUGCCUUGAACCUGCAUUCUUUUGUAUGGCCAGCCUGUGGUUCAUAAAAAUGUGUUUGCAUAGAAGUCUGGAAGGAAAUGACCCAGCUGCUUACUUGAUAUAUAACCUCACCAAAGACUUUCCUGAUGAGUGUGUAGUCUCAAAGAAAUUCUUAUUUAAUGGCAUCUAGGUUAAAAAAGGUUUAGAAGAAGGUUGUCAAACAUGAGGCCCAAGGGCCAGAUUCAGCCCGGCUGGUGGGCUUUGGAAACUUAUAGCUUUUCACACUGAGAAAGAUCUCAGAUUCCUUUUAAUUCUUUUCAUUUACUACAAUAUAAAAACCUACUUGCACUGUAAAUGUGCAGUUAAACGAGUUUACACUGACAGAAAGGCCAGUUUUACUGGUCCAGCCCACUUAAGAUCAAAGCAGAUUGUAUGUGGCCCAUGAUGUAAAAUGAGUUUGACACCUCUGUCUUAGAGCAUUUAUAUUACACAGAUAUGAACUCUGAUGUGUUUAAUCGUUACAUUCCACUUGUCUUUGAUUACCUCUGAAAUAAAAAUUCAUUCCUGA